AUGACAGUGGAACCGACUAUUGUUGUUGAGGUAAAGACAAGACAGAUGGAGGAUAACUUCUACAAGAAAAUAGCCGAGGAAAUUGACACAAAGCUGAGAUCAGGGUAUACUAUCGAAAAGCAAGUACUCAAGUUUGAGGGAAGGUUGUGUGUGGCCGAUAUCCCAGAGUUGAAGAGGAAAAUUUUGCAGGAAGCUCAUGGUUCCAAAUUUGCUGUCCAUCCAGGGAACACCAAAAUGCGUGAGUCAAAAUUUAUUCAGAAAAUUGUUAAAGUCAUUGAAGACAAGUUGAACCGCAAGAUUUUGAGCGAUGCACCUUCCCUAAUUGGAAUGCAUUCUCGAGUCACGAGCAUUAACUCAUGGUUACAAGAUGAAUCAACUAAUGCCGGUGUGCUUGUAAUUUGUGGAAUGGGCGGGAUAGGGAAGACAACUAUCGCCAAAUUUGUGUACAAUUUAAAUUACAGAAGAUUUGAAAGUAGCUGUUUUCUUGCAAAUAUCAGAGAAGUUUCAAAGCAACCAAACGGAUUAGUUCGUUUACAAAGACAACUACUUUCGGAAAUUUCCAAGAGGAAAAAAGAAAACAUACAUAAUGUUGAUGAAGGAAAUAUUAAGAUAAUGGAAGCCAUGUCAUGUAAAAGAGUUCUUAUUGUUCUGGAUGAUGUAGAUCAAUUGGACCAAUUAGAUGCAGUAAUUGGAAUUCAGGAUUGGCUUCAUCCCGGAAGUAAAAUCAUGAUAACAAGUAGACAUGAGCGAUUAAUGCAAGCUCACAAAGCUCAUGAGGUGUAUAAGGUUGAAAAUUUUGAUGAAGCUGAAUCAUUUGAGCUCUUCAGUUGGCAUGCUUUUGGACAAAACCAUCCUAUGGAAGGCUUCAUUGAGCACUCGAAAAGGGUAGUACAAUACUGUGGAGGACUUCCACUAGCUCUUCAAGUUUUGGGUUCAUCUCUGUCUGGGAAAAGUGUACAUGUUUGGGAAAGUGCAUUGGAGAAAUUAGAUGCAAUCCCUGAAAGUCAAAUUGUGAAAAAACUCAAAAUAAGCUACGACUCCUUACAAGAUGAUCAUGACAAAAAUUUAUUCUUACAUAUUGCUUGCUUCUUUGUUGGGAAGGACAAAGAUUGCUUGACAAGAAUACUAGAUGAAUGUGAUUUCUACACAACGAUUGGUAUUCAAAAUCUCAUUGAUAGAUGUCUCGUUACAAUUGAUAAAAGUAACAAGCUAAUGAUGCAUCAAUUGCUUCGAGAUAUGGGAAGAGAAAUUAUUCGCCAUGAAUCGCCUAGGGAGCCUGGGAAACGUAGCAGAUUAUGGCAUCGUAAAGAUUCCUUCAAUGUAUUAAGAGAAAAAACUGGCACUGAAACAAUAGAAGGCCUUGCCCUUGACAUGCAUAUGUCAAGGGAAAGCAAGUCUUCAAAGUCAAUCCUUCGUGCUAAUACUUCAAAUCUACACCACUUCAAAGAGUACUUCUUUGGCAAAUCAUCGUUGGAUCGAGAAAAUGCACUAAACCGACAUCAUUUUGGCUUCCUGUCCUCACACCCAACAAGCACUGAGCAAAGAAAUGCAAAUGAUGUAGGCUUCAAAACUGAUGCAUUUGCAAGAAUGCAAAAAUUAAGACUACUGCAACUAAAUUAUGUACAACUCAACGGAAGUUGUGCGGAAUUUCCUAAAGGAUUAAGUUGGCUGUGUUGGCGUGGAUUCCCUUCAAAAUUCAUUCCCAAAGAUUUUCCUCUAGAUAGCUUGGUUGAGCUUGACAUGCGUUAUAGCCACUUGGAACGAGUUUGGAAGGGAACCAAGUUUCUUGGCCUAUUAAAAACCCUUAAUCUCAGCCAUUCCCAUAGCCUUGCAAAAACUCCUGACUUCUCGCUACUCCCUAAUCUAGAGAGGUUGAUUCUUAAAGAUUGCACUAGUCUUUUUAAGAUUCACAAAUCCAUUGGCAACCUGGAGAGACUUGCUCUCUUGAAUGCAAAAGAUUGCAAACAACUGAGGAAGCUACCGAGAAACAUUGUUAUGGUCAAAUCUCUUGAAAAACUUAUCAUUUCUGGUUGCUCAAAUCUUGACAAGUUGCCACCGGAUAUGGGGAAGAUGGAAUCUCUGAAAGUGCUUUAUGCAGAUGGAAUUGCCAUAGAUCAGCUACUCUCUACAAUUGGGGAGGUCAAACCAUGGCAUGCAUUUGUCUGCCCAAUGCUACCAAAACCGAGAAAAACUUUAGAAAUUUCAUGGGUUUCUUUACCUCAGUUCUUAGUAAACCUAAGUCUUGUGGACUGCAAUUUAUCAGACGAUGCUUUUCCAAGGGAUUUUAAUAACCUUCCCUUGUUGCAAAACUUGAAUCUGAGCAAAAACCCGAUUUGUACUCUACCAGAUUGCAUCAAAGAUCUGUCUAGGCUUCAGACACUUCGGUUAAAUUCAUGUACAAGGCUCCAAUCACUGCUAGGCCUACAAAGUGUUGAAAAUUUGUUUGUGGGGCAUUGUACAUCACUGGAGAAAAUAACAUAUCAAUCGAAUAUGUUUCGCUCACAAAUUGAACAUACUAAAUGUGAUAAGCUGGUUGAGGUCCAAGGCUUAUUCAAGUUGCAACCUGUAGGAAAGGUUGAAAUGGAAAUGAUCAAAAACUUGGGUUUAUUCAAUUUGGAGGCCAUGCCCAUCCACACUGAGGUGUGCAUACUAAGUGGUACAUCACUUAAUAUAGCCAAGCAUCCCAUCCAGGGUUUGUAUGAGUUCGGUGUUGUAUUCAACACAUUUUUUCCAGGGAGAGAGGUUCCAGGCUGGUAUAGCAACAAAAGCACAGGAUCCUCAAUAUCUUUUAUUUUGCCAUCACUGCACAAUUUAACAAUUCGAGGCCUGAAUGUGUGUUUAGUAUAUGCAAUUUUUUACGAUGAGGAGGACAAUAGGGCAAGCCAUGGGAAUGAUCAUCAACCAUUUUUACGUAUUGAAAUUAGUACCAGAAGCAAGUCUCUAAACUUGAAAUACAACCCAAUAUGUAUUGGCGUUCCUGAAACUAAUGAAGAUAUGAUAUGGUUAAGCCAUUGGAGCAUUGGGAAUCAACUAGAAGGUGGCGAUGAAGUGAAUGCUUCAGUAACUAUGAGGACAGUGUUUGAGUUAAAAGAGUUUGGAGUUGAUGUGGUGUAUGAGGAAGAACAAAAACAGGCCGGUGCUCAAGACAAGGCUUACCCCUUUAAUUGUCCAAAAUCAUUACGUGUAGUGAGAACAUACAUCGUCAGCAAUCCAGUAUCCUCGAAAGAUUAUGUUUUAGCUCCAUUAUCUUGCUCAAGUUGGCAUAAAUACGUACUUCAAGUCUACACAGAAACUACAGGUUUCUUCCAUGCUCUUUAA